AUGGAUAACGAUACAUCAACAUGUUCUAUCAGAAGUAAUAGUGUUAAAGUACAAAAAAUCUUUGAUUAAUAUAUGGCUUAAAUUGCACCUUUACCAAACUUUCACAAUUCUACUAACAAAGAAAAUUCUUUUUCCAUCUCAAAUGAUUAACGCUCUAAUUAUCACACUAGAAUUUAAACCCCUGAUAAAACAACCUAAAGAAGCAAUUCAUAGAUAUAAGCUUUAUAGGCUUUAUAAAAAAAAAAUAUUGAACUUACUACAGAAAAUGAAAGUUUGAAAGAGCAGUUAAAAAAUUAUUAAAAUUAAUAAAGUACUAUAAAUGAAAUCAAUUCAAUUUAUUAAAACCUAUAAUAGCAAUAUAUUGUGUUGGAUUAAGAUCAUAAAUAAUUAUUGCAAUCCUAUGAGUUAUAAUUAAGCUAAUUAAAAUAAGAGAAGGAUUAAUAAAUUGAUCAAAUAAAUAGAUAAUGUAAAUGCCAAUUAGAAGAAAUGAAAUAGUAAAUGCAAUUACAAAAUGAUAGAUAUAGAAAUAUAGAAGUUUGUAGAAAUGAUUAGGAUACUCUUCUAUAAAAUGCUCUUGAUGAAUUGAGAAAAGAGAGGCAAAUGUUGAAUAAAUUAAAAUUAGAUCAGCGAUUAUUAAUAGAAGAUAAUGAAUAACAAUAUGAAAAGCAAUUACAGUAUUAAUAAAAACUAUAUCAAGAAAUGAAAAAUUAAAAUAUGAUGUUAUCUAAAGAAAAGUAAGAAUAAUAGGAAUAAAUUAAAGAACUAGAAAAUACUUAUAAAGAUCUUGUUCAUCAUUAAAAAUAAGAAAUCUAAAAAUUACAAAAACAAUAUACUGAUAUUAAAAGUUUUUUUGAAUCCUAAAUGUUAUAAGUCUAAUAAGAGGUUUCAUGUGCAAUGCAAGAAUUAAGAAAUAAAAACAGUGUUUACCAUCAUUAGUUUUAAGAAUAAGAAUAAAUUAUAGAAGAUUUGGAAGAUUUGAAUAAAUAAUUAAAAUAAUAAGUUCUCUUUAAAGACUAAGAAUUAAUUAACUUAAAAUCUCAAUUAGAACAGUUGUAAAUUCAGCAUGAACAAUUAAAAUAAAUGAAUGAUGAACUUAUACAUUAGUUUAACAUUUAAAUAUAAGAUUUGUAAUAAAAGUUAGAAGUUGAGAGAAAAAAUUUUGAUGAGGAAUCAGAAUUAAAUGAUAAUGACAAGAAAGAAAUUUAUAAUGCCUUACACAAUGAUAAGACAAUAUAAUUAACUACAUCUAAUUCAUAAAAUGAUUUACUUCCUUAAUAACAACCAUCAAAAAAAGACAAAGAAUAUAAAUUUCUACUUUAAUAGAUAAUUGAUGUAGAAAAAGAAGCUUUUCGAUUAAAUAAUAAUUAUUAAAUCUUAUUCUAAUAGUUUUCAAAGAAUACUCAAUAAUCUGAAUAGUAGAAAUAGCACAUUAAGUAGGAAAUGACUGAUUUAAUGUAAUAAAUCAGAAUAAAUAAUUCAAAGCUAUAUGAACUUAAAGCCAAAGAAUUCACUUACUUAACUUGA